AUGUCGGCAAUUAACGAGAAGAAUGACAAAAAAUCAACGACAAUAGAACAGUUCGAUGAUGAUUGGAAAUUUCUACUUGUCACCAAAGGUUCUUUCGAUGAAGAUGUUCUCUCGAUUGAUUAUGAUGAUCAACAUUGGAAAACUAUUGAAUUACCUCAUCAUGAUCAAAGUAAAAAUGAUUCAAGUAUCUUCUAUUAUCGAAAACGAUUUGAUUGGAUCUAUGCAUUCGAUCUUCAAAAACACAUGUAUUUACAUUUCACUACGACUGAAAGUGGUGAGUCAUUAGAGAAUACAAUUGAAAUUCCCGGCAUCAUUAUUUGGUGUAAUCAACGACGUAUUUUUGAAGGAAUCUUAGGAAAUCAAUCGAUCGAUAUCACCAAUGAUGUACAAAUCAAUGCAGAGAAUAUUCUUAUUCUUUGUUCGACUGAAGGAUAUUCUCUUUCUCUCUAUGCUCGUCUCAUUAUUCCAUGUCUUCGCACGGUUCAUAUCAAUGCGAAUGAAUUGGAGUUAACGAAUGCCAAACCGCAUCAGUAUAGAUCAUUAGAUUAUACUGCUAGUUUCAACGAGAUCAGUGGAUUGAUUGAUGUAACGAUUGAUUGUUAUGAUACAAUAGAUUAUGAUGAAUUCCCACAAUCCGAAGAAAUAGAGUUCGAGUGUAUAUCCAACGAUGAUAUCGUCAGAGCGAAAAAAGCUCUGGAAAUGGGUCCUAUUCCACGUUUAGCUAUUGUUAUGUUGAUUGUGGGUACACGUGGCGAUGUUCAACCUUUUAUUGCAUUAGCCAAAGCUCUUCUUCGAUAUGGACAUCGAGUACGUUUAGCUACACAUGAAACAUUUCGAAGUUUUGUUCGUGAACAUGGUUUGGAAUUCUAUCCAUUAGCAGGAAAUCCUGCUGAUUUAAUGUCAUUUAUGGUGAAGAAUGCUGGUAUUAUUCCAUCAGUCAGUAGUAUCAUAGCGGGUGAUAUCAGUAAAAAUCGUCGUAUUAUUAGUGAAAUUCUUCAAUCAACAUGGAAAGCAUGCACUGAUGUGGAUGAUGAAACCAAAGUUCCUUUUGUCGCUGAAGCUAUUAUUGCUAAUCCACCAUCGUAUGGUCAUAUUCAUUGUGCACAAAAAUUACAAAUUCCUCUGCAUAUAAUGUUUACUAUGCCAUGGUCACCGACCAACGCAUUUCCACAUCCAUUAUGUCGAAUCAGUAGUAAUUACGGACCUAUUGAAUUGAUCAAUCGUUUAUCGUACACAGCAAUGGAAACUUUGAUGUGGUCAGGGAUGGGAGAUUUAAUUAAUGAAUUUCGUGAAGAAACUCUUCAUCUUCCAGGUCUUCAUAAUCGACAAGCCAUUCGUAUGAUGAUCGAUGAACAUGUUCCACAUACUUAUUGUUGGUCACCUUCACUUGUACCAAAACCAUCGGAUUGGCCGGAUUAUCUCGAUGUUUGUGGCUUCUUUUUUCUUGAUCUUGCAACAAAUUAUCAACCAUCAGAAGAUCUUCUUCAUUUUCUACAUGCAGGUGAUCGACCCAUCUAUAUUGGUUUUGGCUCCAUUACUGGUCAUGACUCCAGUCGUUUGUUAAAGAUUGUGUUAGACGCUUUGAAGGUGACUGGAUAUCGAGCUCUUCUCUCAGGUUUAGCAAAUGUGAACGAUUUUUUACCAGAGAAUGUCUUCAGAAUUGGUAAUUGUCCACAUGAUUGGCUUUUUCAACAUGUAUCUGCUGUUUGUCAUCAUGGAGGUGCUGGUACAACAGCGGCUGGUCUUCGUGCUGGUAAACCCACUAUCAUUGUUCCGUUUUUUGGUGAUCAAUUCUUUUGGGGAUCGAUGAUAAAUCAAAGUGGUGCUGGUCCAUCACCGAUCCCUGGUAAAGAUCUCACCAGUCACGAUUUGAUUGAAGCCUUCAAAUUUAUUCAUCAGAAUGAUGUUUGUGAAGCAGCUGAACGAUUACGUUUAGCAUUUGAUCAUGAAAAUGGAUGUGAAAGAGCUGUGCAAUCGUUUCAUUCUCGUUUACCAUUACAUAAAAUGCAAAGUGAUCUUCAUUCUGCUUUUGGUGCUUGUUUUUAUCUCAAAGAUUAUAGUUUACAAGUCUCUCGACCUGUUGCUCAAGUACUUUUAGCAGCUGAAAAGAUCAAAGAGAGUCAAUUAACCCUACAUUCAACUUAUUCUUGGCAUCGAUUGAAAAAUGAUGAUCGUCUUUCUUUACUUUUUCAUAAUUUCAUGCGACAUGAACAGAAAGCACUUCGUGCUUUAUUUAUCGAUACACCGGAAGCGCUAAAACGAGCCAGUAGUCCAAAACAUUUUCGGGAAGGAGCCCGUGAUAGUGGUGAAUAUAUUAUGAAAGGAAUUGGUCAUGCAUCGAUUGGCUGUUUGGCAUUUUAUGGUGAUAUUACCGAUACAUUGGAACGUUUACCCAAUGUCUAUCAUUGCUAUUCCUAUGCUGAACAACAUGAACGGCCACAAGUGAAUAAUCUUCAGUCAGGAAUGAAAGCAGCUGGACAUUCGUUGUGGUUUGGAUUUAGGGAUGGAAUUACAGGAUUAGUAAAGAAUCCUCAAGUUGGUUAUCAACAUGAUGGAAUUCGUGGUGUAGCAACUGGUACAGCGUUGGCCAUUCCAAAUUUAGUUUUAAAACCUAUUGCUGGCACCUUAGCAUCAAUAACGUGGCUCAGUCGAGGUGUCUAUGCCGAAGCGAUACAGUUAUCAGAACAGAAGAAAAACAAACGAGAUAUUCAAUUGAAAUUGAAUUCUUCCGAUGAACUUCGUCGAUCGAUGAUCGAUUUAACCGAUGCGACAUCACCUGAAGCUCGCGCUUCAUCCGAAUCAGGUUUAACCAUCGAUAUAUGUCGAACUAUCUUAGGAGCAUUCGAAGGAAUCCAAACUGAACGUAAUAAGAUGAACAAAUCAUCGAAAGAAACUAUAUCUCGUAAGCGAGUCGAGCGACAACGUAGUCAUUCAACGACAGCUCUUUAA